UAAUAUACCUGGAGUGUAUCCAGUUCAAGGUGAACCCCAUUCUCCACCACGAUAAAUAGCGAAAUCGUUCGCGGUAUGGGGGGAUAGUGACGUAGACAGGGGUGGGGGUCUGUCGGUCGCUGUCGAAAGAAACAAUCUAUACCGCUAACGGGGAACAACCAUGUUCCGCUUCGUGAUGCAGUGGUCCCUCGAUCGCGGACACGAUCGAGACCCUGAGGCUCGAAAGGCACUCCGACGGCUAAAAACGCGUCGAAACAAAUUAACGGUCAGUCGAUCAGUGUCGCGGCUUAGGUCGAUGGGCUUGCAACCGUACGCAUCAUGGAAUUGAUUUGGGUGCUCGUUCUAUUCUCCGGCCUCGUACGCCCGUCCCAGCCAUCGCACCUCGAAGUGGCCUACCAGUGGAAAUUUCUCGAUUGGGUCUGGCCAAAUAUACAUCUGACAGGGAAAAACUAUACGUUGGGCAAUGCCUUCACGCAAGACGUGGAUAUCGACAGACAGGGUCGCGUGUUCGUGACGAGCCCGCAGUGGUUGGACGGUGUACCAAUUAGUUUGUCUUUGGUGACUAAGGUGCAGGGACCUGGCGGUCGUUUGCUCGUACCAUAUCCCAAUUGGUCCUGGCACACGUUGUUCAGUUGCGAGGGCAUCGUAUCAGUCUACAGAGUGGCGAUCGACGAGUGCAAUCGUUUAUGGGUGGUCGACACUGGCAGAGUGAUGAUGAAAUCGGUUUGUCCUACGAAAAUAUUGAUCUUUGAUCUUGCCACGGAUCGGCUGAUCCAUAAAUACGUGGUACCGGAUGAUCAAGUGCUAUACGGGAAGGCAGCAUUAGUUACGCCAAUCGUCGACGUCGGAAAAACGUGUCUCGAUACUUAUCUCUACGUGGCGGACGUGGAUCAAAAUGGACUGAUGAUUUAUGACUUAUAUCGUGACCAUUCCUGGCGAGUAAACAACACCCGUGGCAACGCUUUUGGCCCGGAUGAGGAUGCUAUGAAUAUUACGAUCGCCGGCGAAUGGUUUGAUCUGACCGACGGUACACUCGGUAUGUCACUGUCACCAUUAGGAUACUUUAAUCACAGAUAUCUAUAUUUCAACUCGCUCGCAAGUUAUCAUCAGAAUUACGCGGACACGUAUUGGUUGGCGCAAAGCGAGUACAGAGACCCGGUGAUAUUUCAAUCAAAUUACAAACGCGCGAGCCAAGCGGGCGUGCAAGCAACCUCUCGAAGAGGCGUAAUAUUUUUCCAAUUGGUCCAAUUAACUGCCAUUGCCUGUUGGGACAUCGGGAAACCAUUUACUCCGGAGAAUGUCGUGAUAAUAGCACAAGACGAGGAGACUCUGCAGUACGUGAGCGGCAUUAAGGUGAUCACGAAUAGGGCCGGCAAGGAAGAAUUGUGGUUCAAUACCAACAGACUUCAGAAAACAAUAAAUAUGAGCCUCAAGCCGACAGAGACAAACUUCCGAAUAAUUAAAGGAAAUGUCGACGACAUCAUCCGAGGUACAAAUUGCGAGCCGUCCGGCGUGAGGACGGAAGCACCGGAUACUAUCUACUGGCAUCAAAUAUAACUUGCCAAGGCAAGUGCCUUUGUGCCUUUCAUUACCUCACUCGAAACGCUUUUAAAGCGUUCCUGUAUAUUUCAUUUCUAUUUUGCCAUUCAAAUUGUGACAACGAGAUGUUCAGUGAAAUUGUUAGUCAAGACUUUUCUAAAUAAAUUCGCGCGUAAUGGCGCAUUUCUACGAAA